CUCGCUGCUACUUCCACUGUCGGCUUUUACCGUCCGAAAGCGAAAGUGGAAAACAGAGCAAAUUGAAUCGAGCGAUGGACUUCAGCCGAGGUGCUGUAGCUUAAUUUUAAAAAAUCUAUUUCCCACUUUCUUACGUUACCUUCACUAACUAAUGUAUGCUAUGUUCCAGCUACAUUAACACUAUUCUCGCCGACAUGAACAUUCAUCGCACUGCAGGUCGGGAAGCAGAGCGCUUGGAAGUGCUGCAUAAGAUCGAUUCGGAGCUUGAUUCAAACGAUGUGGCCGCGCUCAAGUUUCUGUGCAGGGACCUCGUACCGCAGAAACAUCUGGAGCGCGUUUGUGACGGAAGGGAUCUCUUCAUGCGGCUGAAGGACCAAGGGCUCCUGGAAGACGGUUUUCUGGGAGAGCUGUUGCAUAUAAUACGACGCAUGGACCUGCUUCGAAAGCUGGGGAUCAACUGUGCUGAGAUCCAGGGCAGAACGGCUACCAGAAUCUCUCCUUAUCGGAAGAUGCUAUAUAAUCUGUCUGAAGAAGUGACAGAGGAGAAUCUCAGAGCCAUUAAGUUCUUGUUGAAGCUCCCCAGGGGCAAAUUGGAGACCAGUGCGACUUUCUUGGAUGUGCUGGUUGCCAUGGAGAAGCAGGAGCUGCUGAGAGAGGACUCUCUGGAGGUGCUGCAGAAUGUGUUUGACUCGUGUGACAAGCAGCUGGCCACAAGAGUGCAGGAGUUUGCACAGCAGAGGGCAGACCUACCUUCUCCUGCAGAGGGCCAUAAUUUAAACCAUGCCCCAUGCCAGGAGUCAUCUGUGCCCAGCUACAUGGACAGUAGCCCUAGCCUUUCUCUCCCUGCUGAUGGCAGGCAACAGCCACCCACUUCACUACAGCCGACCCAGAAUGCAUCUGUCCCAGAGCCGAGUCCCAGCGAUUUUCCCUCAGGGACACCUAUGCACAGUCAACUAUCUGUGGACACCGUGCCAGAAUCCACGUGUGAGGAGGUUUAUGACAUGAGGCGUCAACCGCGAGGCCACUGCAUCAUCAUCAACAACUAUGACUUUGGGGAGGCCUUGAUUAAACACCCGGAACUGAAAUUGGGAAACCGUGACGGCACAGACGUAGAUGAAAGGGCCCUGGACGAGGUUUUCUCGAGGCUGCACUUCACGGUGCAUCACCGCAGGGACCUGGGUCAGGCACAGCUGCUGGCGGUGGUGGAGGAGUUUGGCGGGAAGAGGCACGGCCAGCUGGACGCCUUCGUGUGCUGCGUGCUCUCGCACGGGAAGAAGGGCGCAGUGUACGGCACGGACGGAGGCGCGGUGCCCAUCCGCCAGCUCACCCAGCCCUUCACCAGCAGCCGCUGCCCCUCGCUGGCCGGGAAGCCCAAGCUCUUCUUCAUCCAGGCCUGCCAGGCGCAGGACGAGGAGCCGCCCGCCCGGGCCGACGGGCCAGAGGACCCCUACGACACCGAUGCCGGCCCCGUGGGGCCCGACACCAUCCCCAACGACUCGGACUUCCUGCUGGGAAUGGCCACUGUGGAGGACCGCAAGUCCUAUCGCCACACCUACAGGGGCUCCGCCUUCAUCCAGGAGCUCUGCGAGCAGCUCAAGUGGGGCUGUCCCAGGGAAGAAGACAUCCUGUCGAUCAUGACCAGAGUGAAUCGAAAGGUGAGCAGCACAAGUUUAGGAAAGUUCAAGCAGAUGCCAGAACCCCGGUACACACUGACCAAGAAGCUGAUCAUGUCCAUGGACUGAGAUGCACUGUGCCCUCCACGCCUGCCAUCAGACACAGUGCCCCGUCCUUCAGAAGCUCAGAGACCAUUGUGCUGUGGCCUGACCAUUGGAAGGAGCAGCUUUUAUCCAUCACAUGAUCAGUGCUUUCACCUGUGUACUUUUUAAAGGACUGGACAUAUUUUGCAGUUUUAUAAAAAAAAAUGUAUCUUGAAUCUUGGUGGGCAUUUUUAUGCCCAAUUAAAAGCAAAUUAUUAUACAGGGAGUUUUUCCUUGCCGCUGUUGCCUUAGGCUUGCUCCUGUGGGGGUUUAGGCCAGAGUUGUCUGUAAAGCAUAUUGUGACAACUGCUGUAAAAUACGCUUUACAAAUAAAAUUUGAUUGAUUGAUUUGAUAAACCCCCCCAAGGUAAAAUUUGCGUGGCAUCACAAUGGAAAUGUAGCUGUCUGUAACACAGAUUUCUCAGAUGACCACAACUAAAUGAUUUCUGAUGAAACGCAUAUAAGUUUAACAGUGGCGUCACUAGGGUUGGUGUCACCCAGUGCGGGGGAGGGGGUGUUAAUAAACAGAGGUAGUGUUUAAACAUGCCACGAAGACAUCAGUCAGUCAGACAGGUAACACGGUAGCGCCGGAGGGCGGUUUGUGGGCACGAGGAAUUGCGUGUUAUGCAUUCAAAUGACAGAGCGCUGCUCGUCACAUUAAUACCAAUUAAAUACUAAUUAAAUCAACCGGCAGCAAACUGCCUUAGAGAAACUAGCUGUUUCAACCCGUCGCAAUAGAAUGUUUUUAUAGAAAAUAAUAAAUUUAUGCUGAAACACUGCACAAAAAUUUUAGAGUCAUUUUGGUGUCACCGCCUCUGAUGGUGUCACGCGGUGCGGUCCGCACCCCCCGCACCCCCCUAGUGAGGCCACUGAAGUUUUAUACUUCAGGUAAGAGCAGAUGAAAUGCUACCUGCACUCUGAAAAAAAAAAAAGUAUUUAUCUAGACAUGCAGAUUUUUAUUAAUGACAUUUUUAUUAAUGAUCACAUAAGUGGAUAAAUAACAGGCACAUUCAGAAGAACAAAGAGUCCAAAUUUAAAGGACAAACAUUUCAGGCUUCGGACUGCAACGUUUUGCUACACAUUUCAGGUAUGACCCGAGUAAAAGUAGAGGAUACUGUAAGGAGGCACUGUGGGGUGUCUGUGGAAAUAACAUUAAUUGGACAGAACAUUCAUUAAAUCUAAAAAGACU